AUGUUUGAAGGUUUCGGUUCGAGUAAGAGACGUAAGGUAGUUACAGCAACAGACAAUGAGCAAUCAAAGCCCUGGGUAGAGAAGUAUAGACCUAAAUCAUUGGAUGAUGUGACAGCUCAAGAUCAUGCAGUUAAUGUUCUAAGAAAAACGCUAGGGUCAAACAAUCUACCACACAUGUUAUUUUACGGACCUCCAGGAACUGGUAAAACAUCAGCGAUCUUAGCACUGACGAGAGAAUUGUUUGGACCAGAAUUAACUAAAUCGAGAGUACUAGAAUUGAACGCGUCAGAUGAACGUGGGAUAUCAAUUGUCAGGGAAAAAGUCAAGAAUUUUGCCCGGUUGACAGUAUCAAAACCUAGCAAAGAAGCUUUGGAGAAAUAUCCCUGUCCACCAUACAAAAUCAUAAUCCUGGAUGAAGCUGAUUCGAUGACAGCGGAUGCACAGAGUGCGCUCCGUAGAACAAUGGAAACGUAUUCCAGCGUGACUCGAUUUUGUCUCAUCUGUAACUAUGUGACUAGAAUCAUUGAUCCGUUGGCUUCGAGAUGCUCUAAGUUCAGGUUUAGAGCUUUAGACGUUAGCAAUGCUAUAGACCGUUUGACAUACAUUGCGGAAAAAGAGUCAGUACAAUGUGAGGAUGGGGUGCUGAACAGAGUUUUGGACAUCUCUGGAGGUGAUAUGAGGAAAGCAAUAACUCUUCUGCAAUCAGCGUAUAAGCACAAUGGAUAUGAAAACACCAGCAAAAUAUCUAUACAAGACAUUGAAGAACUUUCGGGAAUUGUUCCAACUUCAAUCGUACAGGAACUAAUUGAGAGGGUUGCCCAAAAAGAUGUAGACGCUUUAACAGAAUAUGUUCAUUCAUUCAUGAAAAGCGGUUGGUCUGCAACGUCUGUUGUAGGUCAAGUUCAUGACCACUAUGUCACUAAUGAAGAAUAUAGCACAGACUUUAAAAAUAAGGUAUCGUGGAUAUUAUUUGAUACAGAUUCUAAACUAAAUAAUGGAACGAAUGAACAUAUUCAGCUGUUGAACCUAUUGAUACACAUAUCUCGAGUGUUAUAA